CUCGUUAAUUUUGAAUAUUUAGGGAUUGCGCAAUCAUCAAUGAGAAAAACAAUCAUUUUGUAAAAAUGUGUGAUUUAAAAUACUGCAAGAGUUCAACUCUGGAUGUGAUUGAAAAUGAUAUUGUAGAAGUCAAAACUGUGUGGCCAAAACGAAAGGUUAAAACUUCAGAAUUUCAUAUUAACUGGGCUGCAAAUGGUGAAGCAAGAUUUCAUGAACACUGUUGGACACAAAUCAUUUCUUCAAUUAAAAGGAACAUAAGAAGUGCAUUUAAAUUUUCUUCACAGGAAAAAACUCUCGUGAAGGAAGCUGAAAAAACUGCUGAAUUUAGGAAUGCACAUAAAAAAAUCAUUGAAGAAGCGAAACGCGUUUCAGACUUGAUAAAAUCAUCUGAGCACUGUGUAGCCUUUACUGGUGCAGGGAUUUCUACAUCUGCUGGUAUUGGUGAUUAUCGUGGUAAGAGUGGAAAAUGGACUGAGAUGGAUCAAAAUGAAAUUGAUGUAGACCAUUUAUUAAGUGACAGGAUAGAACAUACACCAAGCAAGAAAGCAAAGUUGCAGACAGAAGAAAAAGAUAAAGACAUGGAAGAAACAGAAGAAAAUGGUGUCGCUUAUGAAGCUUUAAGACCGACAUACACUCACGAAGCACUUCAGAAAUUGAUGACUGAUGGGUAUUUGAAAUACAUAAUCAGUCAGAAUGGAGAUGGCCUGCAUGGUUUAUCAGGGGUACCAGGUGACAAAAUUUCAGAACUUCAUGGUAAUGUUUUCUUAGAAAUCUGUGAGAAAUGUAAGAGACAGUAUAACAGACCUUCCUAUGUGAUGGAUGAUGUUGGUAGUCAGUAUUUUGAAGAACUGGACGAUAAUGGGAAAACAGAUAUAAAGAAACCUAAAUAUGCAGUGAAGUGUAAAAAAUGUGGUUUAUCACACAGAACUGGAAGAAAAUGUGAAUCUAAGGGCUGCUCUGGAUAUUUACAAGACUCAAUUAUUAAUUUCCGUGACUUGUUGGAUGAUCACAUAUUCAAACAAGCGGAAAUAAACUCUGAGAAGUGUGAUUUGAUGUUAUGUCUGGGUACUACCCUUACAGUAACACCUGCUAGUGACUUGGUGGAGAAAAUAAAGAAACCUCAACAAUAUGUUAUAUGUAACAGGCAACUUACAGAUAAAGACAGUGCCUGCUCAGCAACAGAUAAAGAUGGAAAUGUUCUAGGGUCCAGAAUAUUUGGAGAUUGUGAUGCCUUCUUCAAGGAAUUGAUGAAAAACAUAUUAGAUGCAGGAGAAUUAAAGAAGUGGGAAUCUGAAAGAUCUGAUAGAAUGAAGGUUUAUGAUUCUCAAAGAACCCAAGCUUAGAAACUUAUACAUAGUAAAAGAAAUAGAAACUGGCUCUAUGUUGUGAAAAAUGAGGCCUUGAUAACAUUUGGACUUAUAUGCUCAUUUAAACACUAUCAUCUCUUAUUAUGUAUGAUGUAUUUUAAUGUUGUAACUAAUCUAUUCGAAAAGUAAAAAUUAUCUUAAUAUUUAACUCAAAAAAAUAAUCCUCAAAGAACCUAAACAUAAAAAAAGCUUGAUAAAGUUAAAUAAUGUUUAACUAGGCUUAACAUGUUGAAGUCCUGAUUAGGUUGCAGAUUCAUAUACAUGUAGAUUUAAACAUUUUGAAAUAGAAAGUUAGAAUUAUUGCAGUGAUCUUCCUUGUUUAAAUCAUAUUUUUGUUCUUUUGUGUUUUGAGAUUUUCUUAUAUGCAUGCAGUUGCAUUUAAACACUGAAAUGUAUGAUCAUACAAUUAGUACAUAUAUAUAUAUAGAUUAAAAUCCUUCAACAACCAAGAAGUGAAUCAAUAUUUACAUAAUUAGUUUGAAAAUCACGUAACUUUUAAUCUCCAUUGGGUUGAAAAGUUAUCAAUGUGCAGUACAUUUAUACUAAUGCUAUGAUUUACAAUGAAUUAAUUAAAAGAAAACUAACUUUCAAAUCAUUCAACUUGAAUGCUUUCUAUUGGUGCACUGUUCUAUAACGUUGUGUGCAAAGUUCACAUAUUAAAUGUCAAAUAAUUUCAUUGUUUUAAGAUAAAAUGAAUUACAUUGUAUAUAUUUGGUUCAUUUGCAGUUGUAUUUGAAAAGGAAUGUUUGAUUUCAAUAGAAAAUGAAAUCUCAUACUGAAACUCAAUUCCAUUUUUUGCCUGUUCAAGCAAAAUUACUGUUUGUGCACAACAAAACAAAUAAAAAUACAUGUAAAAAUGAUAGAUAUAUGUUUGAAAGGAUGUAAUCCUGUAUCAAUAUUAGGACUUAAUUAUAAAGCAUAACUUUUAUAUGACAAUAACACUUCUGACUGUAGAUAAGCUACUGUGAUAAAGAUAGAAAGAAUAGUCUGUGAUAAAUGUGUAAUUUUCAUUUUAUUACUUUAUAAUACAUAUAUGUAUACACAAUACUGUAAGUAUUUUGUUAUGAUGCUGUGUUCAUUAAAAAAAUUCUCAGUUCAAAGCAAAU